GAGAAAGCAGAGUAUACCGCAGACAUCAUUUCUACUACAGUGGCGGAGCCGUACAGGACCUGUUUCACUGCAGGGGGAUCCAAAACAAGCCCUGUGGAGCCGCAGCUAGAGCUACAGCAGCCGCAGGACACUGUGUCUCUCCCUCUGUCCCCCCUUCCCCACGCAACCCCAGAUCCAUUUACACUUUACAAAGCAUUGUGUGCCCCGAAACAAGUCAUCAGGGCAGUCCAUUCAAGCUGCAGAUCUGUCUGCCAUCCUUGUCCAAGAGUCUCCUCAUCCUCCCACAUCACCUCCUUCUGCAGGGAAUGCAUCCAGUGUCAGCUGCAGCACACUGGAGGAGCAUGAAAGAAUCUGUGUAGAAGCUUCACAAGUAGGGUUCCUCUAGACCCUGAGCAAACCAGAGUGGACUCCAGCCUGCGCAAAUGAGCUUGAAACAGGAAUGGUUUGGGGUUCAGGCCUCUUACACUGAAUUUCUCUACUGCCACUCUUUCUACUCAAGCCAACUCUUCCAGGAAAGACCUGCUGGGAAGGGAGCGGCCGCCUGUGGCUUUGCACUGUGAUGAAAGCAAACGGUACAGUUUUCCAAAGAAAUUAGACCAAAACUUUCUUCUUGAGAAGAAACCAACCUGCUGUUGGCAGAGGGUAUUUCUCAUCUUCUCUGUGAAAGGAAGAAAGACAACACCAGAACCUGUGGCCCAGUAGCCGAGGGACGUUUCCAUGGUGAAGUCUCGGGGAGGCUUCCUGGGAGCAGAGCACAGUGAAUGCUAAUCCAGAGCUGCUACUGCCAGCUGAGCGAACCCACGGGGAGAUGAUUCCUCAUGAAGGGCCUGGAUCCCCUACAGAAAUCCCAUGUGACUCUCUGUUUAUCAGACUGAAAUCCGAGCCAGCCAGCCAGUGAAACAGCCACCGUGGAGGGGGGACGGCGAAAAAUGAAAUCCAACCAAGAGCGGAGCAAUGAAUGCCUGCCUCCCAAGAAACGUGAGAUCCCCGCCACCAGCCGGCCCUCUGAGGAGAAGGUCACCGCUCUGCCCAGCGACAACCACUGCGUGGAGGGUGUGGCAUGGCUCCCCAGCACCCCUGGCAGCCGCGGCCACGGGGGCGGGCGGCAUGGGCCAGCAGGGACUUCCGGGGAGCUUGGUUUACAAGGAAUGGGUUUACAUAAAGCACUGUCCGCAGGGUUGGACUACUCCCCACCCAGUGCCCCCAGGUCAGUCCCCACAGCCACCACGCUGCCCACGGUGUACCCUCCUCCUCAGUCGGGGACCCCGGUGUCUCCCGUGCAGUAUGCCCACCUGUCACACACCUUCCAGUUCAUUGGCUCCUCCCAAUACAGUGGGCCCUAUGCUGGUUUUAUCCCUUCUCAGCUAAUCUCCCCAUCAGGCAACCCGGUCACCAGUGCAGUGGCCUCAGCUGCGGGGGCCACCACUCCAUCACAGCGCUCCCAGCUGGAGGCCUAUUCCACCCUGCUGGCCAACAUGGGCAGUCUGAGCCAGGCACCAGGACAUAAGGUUGAGCCCCCACCGCAGCAGCACCUCAGCAGGGCUGCUGCGGGGCUAGUCACCCCGGGGUCCCCUCCACCCACCCAGCAGAACCAGUACAUUCACAUUUCCAGCCCUCCGCAGAGCUCUGGGCGGGCAGCAUCUCCUCCCCCCAUUCCGGUCCACCUCCAUCCCCAUCAGUCGAUGAUCCCGCACACACUCACCCUGGGGCCCUCAUCCCAGGUGGUCGUUCAGUACAGCGACGCUGGAGGUCACUUUGUUCCUAGAGAGUCCACCAAAAAAGCAGAAAGCAGCAGGUUGCAGCAGGCUAUGCAGGUCAAGGAGGUCCUGAAUGGGGAGAUGGAGAAGAGUCGGAGGUAUGGGGCACCAACCUCUGUGGAGCUGAGCCUCGGCAAGGCAAGCGGCAAGUCAGUGCCUCAUCCCUAUGAGUCCCGGCACGUGGUAGUCCACCCGAGCCCAUCCGACUACAGCAGUCGUGAUACCUCUGGGGUCCGUGGAUCUGUGAUGGUCCUGCCCAACAGCAACACACCCUCAGCCGACCUGGAGACACAGCAGGCCACACAUCGAGAGGCCUCCCCAUCCACCCUCAACGACAAGAGCGGCCUGCAUUUAGGGAAGGCCAGCCACAGGUCCUAUGCUCUGUCCCCACACACGGUCAUUCAGACCACACACAGUGCGUCAGAGCCUCUCCCGGUGGGCCUACCAGCCACGGCCUUCUAUGCUGGGACUCAACCUCCUGUCAUCGGCUACCUGAGUGGCCAGCAGCAAGCAAUUACCUAUGCCGGCAGCCUGCCUCAGCACCUGGUGAUCCCAGGCACCCAGCCUCUGCUCAUCCCAGUGGGCAGCCCUGACAUGGACACACCUGGGGCAGCCUCGGCCAUAGUCACAUCGUCGCCCCAGUUUGCUGCAGUGCCUCACACGUUCGUCACCACCGCCCUGCCCAAGAGUGAGAACUUCAACCCCGAGGCCCUGGUCACCCAGGCCGCCUACCCAGCCAUGGUGCAGGCCCAGAUCCACCUGCCGGUGGUGCAGUCAGUGGCGUCCCCUGCCACGGCGCCACCCACGCUGCCACCGUAUUUCAUGAAAGGCUCGAUCAUCCAGCUGGCCAAUGGGGAGCUGAAAAAGGUAGAGGACCUCAAGACAGAGGACUUCAUCCAGAGUGCAGAGAUUAGCAGUGACCUCAAGAUUGACUCCAGCACGGUGGAGAGGAUUGAGGAGAGUCACAGUCCCGGUGUGGCCGUGAUACAAUUUGCUGUUGGUGAACAUCGAGCCCAGGUCAGUGUUGAAGUUUUGGUAGAGUAUCCUUUUUUUGUGUUUGGACAGGGCUGGUCGUCCUGCUGUCCUGAGCGAACCAGCCAGCUCUUCGAUCUGCCGUGCUCCAAACUCUCCGUUGGGGAUGUCUGCAUCUCGCUCACCCUCAAGAACCUGAAGAAUGGCUCUGUUAAAAAGGGCCAGCCUGUGGACCCUGCCAGUGUCCUGCUGAAGCACGCAAAGACAGACAGUCUGGCUGGCAGCAGACACAGAUAUGCUGAGCAAGAAAACGGAAUCAACCAGGGAGGCACCCAGGUGCUCUCUGAGAAUGGUGAACUGAAGUUUCCAGAAAAGAUUGGAUUGCCUGCAGCACCCUUCGUCACCAAAAUAGAACGGAGCAAGCCCACAGCCACAAGGAAGAGGAGGUGGUCAGCCCCGGAGACCCGCAAACUGGAGAAGUCGGAGGACGAGCCACCUUUGACUCUUCCCAAGCCUUCGCUCAUUCCUCAGGAGGUUAAAAUCUGCAUCGAAGGCCGAUCUAACGUGGGCAAGUAGAGACCGUGCUGGCAGCGGAGGCCUGGGCCUCCCUUGCUGUCUGUAUCCCAAUUACUGUACUGUAGGCUAAAUAACACAGUAUUUACAUGUUAUCCUAUUACUUUAGGUUUGUGUUCUAACUUUGUCAUUAGAGUCACACAGGUGUGUCGCAGGAGACUGGUGCAUUUGCAUUGUCUGCGAGUGUCUGUUGAAGAGCUGGCGGGGUGAAGGGUGGUCAGAACCAUGGCCAUGGAGCUUCUGGGCAUCCUAGGUGGCCCUGAAUGUGGCUUGAUCAGUACCUGCCUUCUCCAGCAGCACAGAGCCAAGGGGCAUCAGUUCUCACUGCUUUCACGAGCAAAUUCAGUGGGAAGUAACCUGCAAGGGUGUCUGGGUGUGUCCCUGUGAAGGGGUGCAUGGGUACCAUGGUGGCGAGUGACGGUCUCUUUUUCUCUGCCUCCCUCUCCCAUGCUUGUUCACUCUCGGCAUGGGAUUGGGGGACCUGGGUUUCCUACAUGUAAAGUCAUCCUCAGGAACCCAGCUUCAGGGCAUCAUGGGGAGGUGUCAGAUGACAGAUAGGAAACUAGUUUCAAAGAACAUGGUUCUCUCCAACAUAUUUUACAAUAAAAAGCAACUUUUAAUCAUAUAUAUAUAUAUAUCCCCCCAUGGGGCCUGACUGCACUGAGAUUUAUUUUUUUUAAAAGCAGCUGCCACGCGUGGGAUUUCAUUUCUGCUUUACCAGUCCAGUGACUCAGUGACGUCACCAGGUGUCAUGGUGGGCAGGGAAGUCCUUGCUCAGGUCACCCCUGGUAAGGGGGGUGGCAGUGGGGCUGGGGGACAGGAGUACCCCACACUGGUUUCUGUGCAGUGUUAGGAAAACCAAUCAGGUUAUUUGCAUUGACUUUUGCUCCCAGGAAGAAAAUGCGAGCUCCCUUCCGGAGAGAGCCAGGCAGCUCUUGGAGCUGAGCCGGCAGCUUCUUCUCCGUCUUUUUAGGUCUAGUACUGUUUUCUAGUUCAUGACUAUGGACAACUCCGGUGCCACUUUCUUUUUUUCUCAAUCCCAGUGUGACGUGGAGAAUUAGAUCUGGAAGACGCACACCUGUUACUCGUCUUCAGCUGUCAAAAGUGCUGUGCAGACUUUUCUUACCCAAACACCUUGGUCUGUCAGUCAACGAGAGUACUGUAUCUAACUUGAAACUCUUUGGCAAGAAAAGGCAAACCUAAGUUGCUUUUGAUUUUUUUUUUUCAACACUGUAACUACUUUUCAGCUCUGCAGGACUGCUCACGAGCCAGAAAAGCUCCAGGCUGGUAUAAAGGGAUGAAUGUGAAUUAUGAACUAGUACGUGACAGUAGAGGACCACCAAGGACGACCGCAGGCACUUGUCACUUUGGUGUUGGAGAAAGAGCUAAAGGCACAUGCAGAGUUGGCAGAGAAACUGGGAAAACACAGGGAGGAAAAAGACACUCGUUUUUGUCCAGUGUUUUGAGGGUGAGCUCCUAAAGAACUUUGCGAUUUGCACAUCUUGAGAUUUUAGUUUGUGUGAUAUUCCUGCAGUUUUUAUCCAAUAACGUUGUGGGAAAGGUUGGGGGGGUGUCAAACGAGCAUAAAUAAAUGUAGCAAAAUUACUUUCUAACCUGCCUAGACCCUAGGCCAUUCUUAGAAGGUUCUGUUCCUUUCAGGGUCAUUUUGUCACCUGCCACAUCUGUCAUGAGAAGCCAGGUCUGAGAGUUUUUUUCAGAAUCACUGAGAGUUUCCCAUAUAGACAUUUUAUAUAUAUGAGCAAGUGGGUUUUUUAUUUGUUUGUUUCUGGGGGAAAAAGUGUUAAUAUUAUUUUUCAGAAUGAUUUUCUUUUCUAUUUGAAAUCAAACCAAGAUUUAAUGUUUGGUACAAAAACCCAGAAAGGGUGUUUCAUGAAGUCACAAGUUUUCAUUCCCAGAGAUCAAAAUAUCAUUUGCAGGUUCUGAGUGUGUCUUAAAGUGC